AUGAACAACAACGGGAAGAAGAGAGCUCCAACCACAGCCACUCAGCGACUUAAGCAGGAUUACCUCAGGAUAAAGAAAGACCCCGUGCCUUACAUCUGUGCUGAGCCUCUCCCCUCCAACAUACUAGAAUGGUACUUGCUACUUUUGUUUUUCAGUGUAUACAAACAGUGGCAUUUUCGGCACUACGUGGUGAGAGGUCCUGAGAAGACGCCUUACGAAGGAGGUUACUAUCACGGAAAGCUCAUAUUUCCUCGGGAAUUCCCUUUUAAACCACCAAGUAUCUACAUGAUAACACCCAACGGCAGAUUUAAAUGUAAUAUAAGAUUGUGUUUAUCCAUCACAGACUUCCACCCGGAUACGUGGAACCCGGCGUGGUCAGUCUCCACCAUCCUCACAGGUCUGCUCAGCUUCAUGGUGGAGAAGGGACCCACACUGGGCAGCAUUGAGACCACAGACCAUACGAAAAGACAACUCUCAGCCCAAAGCCUCGCCUUCAACCUCAAGGACAAAAUCUUCUGUGAACUGUUCCCCGAUGUUGUGGAGGAAAUGAAGCAAAAACAGAAAGCGCAGGAAGAGUUAAACGCACGCACUCAGCCCCUCCCCUUACCUGACGUGGUGCCCGACGGCGACCCUCAACAGGCCCACUACGGCCUCCCCGCCCUCAACGGAGGUCCUAUCCCCCUCGGAGGCGGCAACCCCGCCCAGGGCAUGCAGCAAGCCAAUCGCAACCACGGACUUCUCGGCGGCGCUCUAGCUAACCUGUUUGUGAUCGUCGGCUUCGCCGCCUUUGCCUACACGGUCAAGUACGUGCUGAGGAGCAUAGCGCAGGAUUGA